GAGUGCAGCCACUGGAGGAGCAGAACCGCGAGGGGCGUACUGGCAGUAGUCCUCCAGAGAACCUUCACAACUACUUUAAAAAAACCUUUCAUUUUUAUUUUGCUACGAGGGGGCGGAUUUAUACCGUCGCCAUCACCAACGCGUUGGCUGACUUUGUUGACAAGUUUUGGCUAGCGAUGUCUGGAUCGUAUUGCAAAAGUUUGUACCCUUUCAGUGCGGAGCAGCACCAGCAGGGGCUGAGCUUCGAUGCCGGGGAGAUUAUCAAGGUGGUGCAGUCUCUGCCUGGAGGCUGGUGGGAAGGAGAAAAAGAUGGAUCCAGAGGAUGGUUCCCCUCAAGUUAUGUACAGGUGCUGGAGAGAACAGCAUCGCUGAGUCAGCUUUCUGUGGAGGACCUAAGAGAUCCUCUGCCUCCUCAUUGGAAAUGCUACAUGUCUCCACAAGGCCGCCACUACUAUGUCAAUACCACAAGCAAUGAAACAACAUGGGAGAGACCCUCCAGUGCACCCGGGACUCCGAAAUCCUCCUUGCGACACAAGAGCAGCCUCCAAGCAGUGAAUGGAUUGAAUGGUGGGAGUCCCUCGCAUCUUUUGGAUCAUCCUCACAACAGGAAAAGCAGCGUAGAGCCACAGUGCCCUGGAUCCACAUCUCCCACCAGGAAACAGAACAAGGAAACCACAGUGACGAUUAAUUGUGUGACUUUUCCUCUGCCGGCCUCCAUGCCAGAACAGCAGCUGCUUAAACCAAACGAAUGGAGUUACUGUGACUACUUUUGGACCGAUAAGAAGGACCCCCAGUGCAAUGGCUACAUCACCGGCUUCGAAGUCUUACUACAGAAGCAAUUCAAAGGGAAACAGAUGCAGAAAGAAAUGGCCGACUUUAUCCGAGAGAGGAUAAAAAUAGAGGAGGAAUACGCCAAGAAUCUUUCCAAGCUUUCCCAGAUCCCUCUAGCGAGCCAGGAAGAAGGGACUCUCGGGGAUGCUUGGGCCCAGUUGAAGAAGAGUCUUGCUGAUGAAGCGGAAGUUCACUUGAAGUUCUCCUCCAAACUCCAGAGUGAAGUGGAAAAGCCUUUGCUGAGCUUCAGGGAGAACUUUAAGAAGGAGAUGAAAAGACUCGACCAUCAUGUCGCAGACUUACGCAAGCAGCUGGUUGGUCGCUACGCUUUGGUGGAAAAGGCCCGUAAAGCUCUGGCUGACAGGCAGAAGGAGUUGGAGCUGAAAACUCAGCAGCUGGAAAUCAAACUCAGUAACAAGAUAGAGGAAGACAUCAAGAAAGCUCGAAGGAAAUCCACACAAGCAGGAGAUGAUCUAAUGCGCUGUGUGGAUCUGUACAACCAGUCCCAGUCCAAAUGGUUUGAGGAGAUGGUUACCACCAGUUUGGAGUUAGAGCGACUAGAGGUGGAGCGGGUGGAGAUGAUCCGGCAGCACCUGUGUCAGUACACCACCUUACGGCACGAGACAGACAUGUUCAAUCAAAGCACGAUGGAGCCGGUGGACCAGCGACUGCAUUGCGUGGACCCGACCAAGGACAGAGCGCUGUGGGUGCAAGCGAAUAAGACCGGGGACAUCCGGCCUGUGGACAUAGAGAUAUAAACUAUACAGGACGGGCAUUCAGACCUUGCACACCGACUUGAAGACAGCAGACAUGGAUCUGUGUGUGAUGUAUGAGUCCAACAGCAGCAGCGAUCCACUCAUGACUGAAGUGUUGGUGUGAUCGUUCGACAAUGUGAACAUCACUUGGACACUGGGACAUUUGACUCGUCUAUGUGGAGCCGCCCAAUGUCAUGCUGCAGUGUACAUCUGCUUUUGCUCUCUGUGGACGUUCUCUGCUCAUGGGACUUCAGACACAAAACCAUUUUAACAAAUGCUGCUCAGCAAAAUGCAUCAUUAUGAAAAAGUGUUGUACUACUGUGUACUGGCAUAUUUCACUGUACAGGUACACAUGUGGCUAUGACUGCAGUAACUAACCAUAAAAGUGUUGAAAGCA